AUGAGCAGCCCCGCACAGCUGGACGGUGCUGGCACCCGCUUGGGCCUGUGGAAGGCAGCCAGCCCAGCUAACAAAGGUGGGUGGGGCUCCAGGUCUUCCAACGGAGGUCUCCCUGUGGGCUUCAUUGAAGCAAAGACUCUUGGAAUUGCAACACGCAGAAAACCUGUCUUAUCUGUCAGUGCAAGAAAGAUUAAAGACAAUGCAGCUGAUUGGCAUAACUUAAUCCUGAAAUGGGAAAGCCUCAGCAAUGCCGGCUUUACCACUGCCAGCAAUGUUGCCAACCUUAAAGUCAGCCUGCUGAGUAAAGAGGUUAAAUUAGAGAGCAGCAGCCCAGCUUCCAGUGAGAAGGAAGAAAAGACGAAUCUGGACUACAGCAAGGAACUUGAAUCACUGUGUAAGGAGCUGAAAGCCACCUUGGAUGGCUUGACUAAAAUACAAAUGAAAAUGGAAAAACUCUCUUCAACCACCAAAGGAAUUUGUGAACUAGAAAAUUAUCAUUACUGGGAAGAAAGUAACAGGCCCCCUCUGUUCCACACAUGGCCCACGGCCUUCUUUUAUGAGGUCUCCCACCGGCUGUCUGACGCAUACAAGAAGGAGCUCCUCCUGAAGCAGACCAUUGGUGCAGAGCUGGCCCAUACGGCUGACCGCAACCUCAGCCUGAACUACCUGUCCAUGUGGCUGCACCAGCCCUACAUAGACAGUGACAGCAAGCUGCAGCUGGAGAGCAUGCUGCCCGAGACAGGGCACCGGGCCCUGUGACUCCCCUGCCACCUGGCCUGUGAUCACGGCCGCGGGGCUCCAGACCGCCGGCUGGACAGUCACUUGGAUGGGAACUGUUGUGCCCCAGGGUCCGCCACUGCAACCGCUGCAGACACAGCACUAUGCUCUCCCAGCCUGCCCUGUCCCCGGUCAUCAUGUGAGCACCACUGAGUGGAAUAAAU